GUCACAUGACGAUCAAUACGUCAGCGACCCUAUACAAACGAUGCUAGACGCUUGACGUCUUCCAAAAGUAAAGAUUAAAUUCCAAAUAAAAGAUGAGAACGUUCGUUGUUAACUCCAUUCAUUUAUGGGAUCUGAUCUCGAUCCUCUGAGGGACUUACGGCAGAGAGAGGAUUUCGGAGAGAAAAAAAAAUCAACCUCGAGACAAACGGACGAUACGUGACCACAUCCUCUAUCGGUAGAUUUAAUCGAACAACUCUGCCAUCAUGAUCGCAGACCUGGCCCAUGGCGUCUUCGACUUCGGUUCCAGUAGUAUUCUGCUCGGAAUAACAACAUCACUUCUUGUGGUUUGGCUGAUGAAAUGGGUUUCGAAACGAAGGAAGAUAAAUCGGCCCCCGGGACCGAUGCCUGUGCCAUGGCCCCUUCAUAUCAUCGGUGAUCUGGUUAUGUUGGCUCAAGGUACCACUCCCGUAGCAAUGAUCUGUGAACUUAAUAAGAGAUACGGUGAUGUCGUGUGUCUGGACAAUGGCGGGACUCGUUACAUAAUUCUUGCUAGUCCCGAGGUCGUUAAUGAGGCACUUGUCAAACAAGCCGCGGUAACAUCUGGUAGAGAAGAAGCAUGGGAAUUUAAAGCUGUCUCUCAGUAUCAUGGUGGGAUCAUAUUCUCGGAAGGGGAAGAAUGGAUACAGCACCGACGUUUUGGUCUCGCAGCGCUUCGUAACUUCGGAAUGGGCAAAAAAUCCCUUGAAAACUCUAUCAACGAAGAAGCUCGAAUGUUCAAUGAAAUUUUGUCGGAGAAGAUUGGUAAACCAUUCGAUCCUUUCUUCGCCGUCAACAAUGCUGUCUCAAACAUAAUCUGCGCCAUUACGUUCGGCCAGCGAUUCGAAUAUUCGGAUCCAAAAUUCAAGGACAUGAUAAAACGGAUAAAUUUCUUUGUGGCUGAUGAUCCACCGCAAGCCUUGUCUAAUCUCCCCACCUUCAUCGACAACGCUCGUAGAAGAAAUAUUAGGGCAAUCCGAAAGUACUUAGAGGACGAAGUCAUGGAGCACAAGACAACUUAUGAUUCGAAUCAUGUCAGAGAUGUCAUCGAUUUAUACUUGAAGGAAAUAAACCGUGCGCGGGAAGCAGGCGAGAAAUGUGAACUGGAUUUGUCAAAGGCAUGGCCGUUAGUUUUCGAUUUCUUCCUGGCGGGAACGGAAACGACAUCGACAACGCUACUUUGGGCUUUCCUCUUUAUGGCAGGCCGUCCGGAAAUUCAAAAGAAGAUCGUAGCCGAGAUCAAUUCUGUAGUAGGAUCAAGUGCCACGCCUCGAUACGAAGAUCGCAAAUUGAUGCCAUACACAGAGGCAACGCUCAUGGAGGUUCUUCGAUAUCGUCCAAUUGCCCCUGACGGUGUCCCGCAUCGGGCAACGUCCGAUAUGAAGGUCAAGGGUUACGACAUCCUUGCUGGUGACAACCUCAUGAUGAACAUUCUGUACAUACACCAUAUUCCUGAGAUAUGGGGUGACCCGGAAGUGUUCCGACCUGAGCGUUUCUUGUCUGAGGAUGGGAAGGCUGUUGUCAAACAUGAUGCCUACAUGCCAUUUGGAGCUGGGCGUCGAGUUUGUCUUGGUGAGCAAUUAGCCAAAAUGGAAAUGUUCCUGUUCUUCACCAAUGUUCUUCAGCGGUUCAGAAUCACUUUGCCUCCUGGUGUGCAACCAAACUAUGACUAUGGUCAUCGUAUUACAACUCUGGUUCCAAAGGCAUAUGAACUCGUCUUGGAGGAGCGGUAGAUUGUUACACGUCGUUUAUAUGAAACUUUGGAACCUCAACUAUCGAACGAAGACACCGGUAA